AUGAAGAAUGUUCUUAUACACAAAGGAAGAACGUACAAGACACGCAGCAAUGUAAGAACAAAGGUUCGAACACCAUCUGGGAAGCUGGUCAACAGAAGAGUCAAGAAGAAUGCAAAGAAGCAUAGGUGCCAUGAAUGCAAUAAAGAGUUGAGCAGCAUUGCAAGGCUGAGACCUGCGGAGUUCUCUCGACAGAAGGUUUCUGCAAGACGAGUCAAUCGGGUAUAUGGAGCCACAAUAUGCGGAAGAUGUGUUGAAGACAAGAUAAUUGGCGCAUUCCUUGCAGAUGAAGAGAGGAUUGUCAAGGAGAAGAUUGGCAUGACGGCGAGCAACUAA